AUGUCGUCUAUGCCAGUAUCGAGUUAUACGUUUGUCACCUCCGGUGGACAGAGGCGAUUUGUUCAUCGUUGGCAGUACGACAAUAACGAAGUUAUUGAAUGUAAUAAAUGCGGCAGUUCAUGCAAGGAAACCGAUGCCUAUGGCAAACACUGGUCCCAGCCAAAGACAUUGGAUGACAACAACAUCGGCCGGGAUGGCAUCAUCGACAUAUCAAGGACAGCUAAAACGCCAAUAGCACUUUCUACACCGACAUCAUCAUCAUCGUUGACAUCGUUGGAACAGAGCUUUGGCCGGAUAACAACCUUAAUGGAUAGCAAGGAAAUUAUUGUCAGCAAAAACGUUGAGUCCUUUAUGCUGUGCGCCUCAAAGGCCGUAAGAGAUACCCAGCAAUUUUUAUUGGAUGCUGGCAUAAAAGUCGUACCCGAAUUACUCAGCUCGAUCUAUGCCAUGUAUGGCGGCGGUCAGAGCCAUCAUUUGCUGGUGGUGGUACGCUUCUAUGUGACCGUUAAAGGUGAGACGUUUAUGCUGCAAACAACGGAGCUGACAAUAAAACAUCACUACGACAUCAGAGAAAGUGUGGAUAUGCUUUUUGCCAUGUUAUUGGAGAAGCUGAGAAACUUUAUGGCAUGUCGCAGUGAAUCCAAUAGCUUAGGAACACAAGAGCCAUACAGCAUUAAACGUAUCCACAUAAAAGUGCGAAAACAACAUAAUCCACAGCAGAGUCAGAUCCUGCCAUUGCACUAUGCCCGCAAGCAGACAAACAUGGAAAUAGCCAACUUGCAAAAUGGACUGACAACUAGUCGGGAUGAUUUAGCAUUGCUGAGAGCAUGGUUUCGACAACAUUUGUUAACCUCCGAAUCACUGGAAAGCUUACGGUCACCAUUUCCUUGUAAUUUAUAUUGUUUUCAGGAAUGUCCAAAUUCGCUGGAACUCUAUGUGGUACCCUAUCAUCUAUGUAGCCAAUCAGCUGAUAUUUACAAUUGUCGUAGCUAUAUUAUCCUUACGGAUAUUCAUGGUCGUUUUAUGGAGUUACAAGAAAUCACCAAUAUCCGACGUUUUCUCCACCACACCUCUGAAGAUCGUGUGCUAAGCUGUACGCGUUGCCAGGCAUGUUUCUUGGAGCCAUCGAAAUUGGUUCUGCAUAAAAUGCUUAAAUGUGGCAGAGAUUUUGAAAUAUUGAAAAUGGACUCAGAUUUCAUAGAAAUCUAUGAGAAUUGUUUGUUAUUGGAGCAAAGUGAUAAUUGGUCAUUGUUUGGUAUUAUUGAAUAAAUUGU